AUGUCAACUGAGACAGAACUUCAAGCAGCUGUGAAAACCAGCGCCAAGAAAGACUCCAGGAAGAAAGGUCAGGAUCGCAGCGAAGCCACUUUGAUAAAGAGGUUUAAAGGUGAAGGGGUCCGGUACAAAGCCAAGCUGAUUGGGAUUGAUGAAGUUUCCGCAGCCCGGGGAGACAAGUUAUGUCAAGAUUCCAUGAUGAAGCUCAAGGGUGUUGUUGCUGGCGCUCGUUCCAAAGGAGAACACAAACAGAAAAUCUUUUUAACCAUCUCCUUUGGAGGCAUCAAAAUCUUUGAUGAGAAGACGGGGGCCCUUCAGCAUCACCAUGCUGUUCAUGAAAUCUCCUACAUUGCGAAGGACAUCACGGAUCACCGUGCUUUUGGAUACGUUUGUGGGAAGGAAGGGAAUCACAGAUUUGUGGCCAUCAAAACAGCCCAGGCAGCUGAACCUGUUAUUCUGGACUUGAGAGAUCUCUUUCAACUCAUUUAUGAACUGAAGCAAAGAGAAGAGCUGGAAAAAAAGGCACAAAAGGAUAAGCAGUGUGAGCAAGCUGUGUACCAGACAAUUUUGGAAGAAGAUGUUGAAGAUCCCGUGUACCAGUACAUUGUGUUUGAGGCCGGACAUGAGCCAAUCCGUGAUCCUGAAACAGAAGAAAACAUUUACCAGGUUCCCACCAGCCAAAAGAAGGAAGGUGUUUAUGAUGUGCCAAAAAGUCAACCUGUAAGUAAUAGCCAGCCGCUGGAGGAUUUCGAAGAGCGUUUUGCUGCAGCCACGCCGAACAGAAGUCUGUCAGUGGACUUUGAUGAGCUUCUUGAGGCAACCAAGGCUGUGACCCAAUUAGAACUUUUUGGAGACAUGUCCACCCCUCCUGAUAUAACCUCUCCCCCUACUCCCGCAACCCCAGGUGAUGCCUUCCUCCCGUCGUCAUCCCAGACGCUUCCGGGGAGUGCGGAUGUGUUUGGCUCUGUGUCUUUUGGCACUGCUGCUGUACCCUCAGGUUAUGUCGCUAUGGGCGCCGUCCUCCCAUCCUUCUGGGGCCAGCAGCCCCUCGUUCAACAGCAGAUUGCCAUGAGUGCCCAGCCGCCCGUUGCUCAGGUGAUGCCAGGAGCUCAACCCAUCGCGUGGGGCCAGCCAGGCCUCUUUCCUACCACCCAGCAACCCUGGCCAACUGUGGCCGGGCAGUUCCCGCCAGCCGCCUUCAUGCCCACACAAACUGUUAUGCCUUUACCAGCUGCCAUGUUCCAAGGUCCCCUCACCCCCCUCGCAACGGUCCCAGGCACGAAUGACUCUGCCAGGUCAAGUCCACAGAGUGACAAGCCCAGGCAGAAAAUGGGGAAGGAAAUGUUUAAGGAUUUCCAGAUGGUCCAGCCUCCACCCGUGCCCUCCCGGAAGCCUGACCAGCCCUCCCUGACCUGUACCUCAGAGGCCUUCUCCAGUUACUUCAACAAAGUCGGGGUGGCACAAGAUACAGACGACUGUGAUGACUUUGACAUCUCCCAACUGAAUUUGACACCUGUGACUUCCACUACACCGUCCACCAACUCACCUCCAACCCCAGCCCCGAGACAGAGCUCUCCCUCGAAAUCAUCAGCGUCCCACGCCAGUGAUCCGACCACAGAUGACAUCUUUGAAGAAGGCUUUGAAAGUCCCAGCAAGAGUGAAGAACAAGAGGCUCCUGAUGGAUCACAGGCGUCCUCCACCAGUGAUCCAUUUGGGGAGCCCAGUGGUGAUCCCAGUGGCGAUAAUAUAAGUCCACAAGACGGUAGCUAG